GGAAAGGCCCUACCAGUGCUCUCCGUGUGGGAAGAGCUUCACUCAAUUAGGAUCCCUAAAGAGACACCAGCGGAUUCACAAAGGAGAGAGGCCCUACCAGUGCACUCAGUGUGGGAAGAGCUUCAGUCAGAUGGGGGCCCUAAAGAAACACCAGUGGAUUCACACAGGAGAGAGGCCCUACCAUUGCUCACAGUGUGGGAAUAGCUUCACUGAAUUACGAUCCCUAAAGAGACACCAAUGGAUUCACACAGGGGAAAGGCCGUAUCAGUGCCCCCAAUGUGGGAAGAGCUUUAGUCAUGCAGGACACCUAAAUACACACCAGCGGAUUCACACAGGGGAGAGGCCCUACCAGUGCUCCCAGUGUGGGAAGAGCUUCAGUCAAUUAGGAUCCCUAAAAAUACACCAGCAGAUUCACACAGGGGAAGGGCCGUAUCAGUGCUGCCAAUGUGGGAAGAGCUUCAGUUAUUUAGGAUCCGUAAAGAUCCACCAACGGAUUCACACAGGGGAGAGGCCCUACCAGUGCACUCAGUGUGGGAAGAGCUUUAGUCAUAUAGGAGACCUAAAGACACACCAGCGGAUUCACACAGGGGAGAGGCCCUACCAGUGUUCUCCGUGUGGGAAGAGCUUCACUCGAUUAGGAUCCCUAAAGAUACACCAACGGAUUCACACAGGGGAGAGGCCCUACCAGUGCACUUGGUGUGGGAUGAGCUUUAGUCAUGUAGGAGACCUAAAGACACACCAGCGGAUUCACACAGGGGAGAGGCCCUACCAGUGCUCCCAGUGUGGGAAGAGCUUCAGUCAGUUAGGAAACCUAAAGAUACACCAGCGGAUUCAUACAGGGGAAAGGCCCUACCAGUGCUCCCAGUGUGGAAAGAGCUUCAGUCAGUCAGGACACCUGAAAACACACCAGCGGAUUCACAGAGGGGAGAGGCCCUACCAGUGCUCCCAGUGUGGAAAGAGCUUCACUGAAGUAGGAUCCCUAAAGAUACACCAGCGGAUUCACACAGGGGAGAGGCCCUACCAGUGCUCCCAGUGUGAGAAGAGCUUCAGUCAUUUAGGAAACCUAAAGAUACACCAGCGGACUGUUUACAAGGGCAAACAGUGUGAGACAUACAUUGAUGCCAGGAGAGAAUCACACUCCAACUGGAUGAGGUAUGUGAACUGUGCCCGUGAUGAGGAGGAGCAGAACCUGGUGGCCUUCCAGCACAAAGGGAACAUCUUAUAUCGCUGCUGCAAGCCCAUUGCCCCCAGGCAGGAGCUCCUGCUGAUGGCUGUGUCUCUCAACACAGCCCAGCAUUUCACAACUUCUAUUGACCCCAGUGCUGCUCAGCCCAGUACCAACACACUCGGUACCCUGGAAGAAGCAGAAACAAUCAAUAUGAAAAGCAGUUGUAAAAUUCACCAACAGACUCUCAUGGAGGAGAGGCCCCACCAGUGCUCCGAAUGUGGGGGGAGCUUCAGUCAUUUAGGAAACCUAAAGAGACACCAGCGGAGUCACACAGGGGAGAGGCCCUACCAGUGCUCCCAGUGUGAGAAGAGCUUCAGUCAUUUAGGAAACCUAAAGAUACACCAGCGGACUCACUGA